GCUGAAAACAUCAAAGCGGUAUGCGUCUGUAGAGUGUUGUCACUAAGCUAAAAUAAAGAAAGCAGUGCAGCUGCAAAUCGUUCUGCUCAUUGGGCAGUUUGUCUGGAUGAUUCAAGUGACGUGCGAAACCUUCAAGUUGCUCCGUUAGAUUAAGGAAACGAUUCUUUGGAGAUUUGUGCUUUACUUGCACGUGAUGUUAUAAAUUUUGUACUGCCGUAGCUAAACAGAUAUUUUUUGUGAUUUUUUUUCCCUAUUUUAACUGUCACAUACAUCCGUUUCUCGUGCGGAUGGUUUUGUUCCUCGGAAAUAGUUGCAUUUUACAUUUGACUGCCUCCCAUAUUUUGGUUGUCAAUGGCUAAAGCAAGGUGCACCUGGCGCUUGUUCGAAGAUGUCAGAUUCGUGCUGUUUUUCGAGUUCCGCCAAGGACAGUUUUGAAAAUAUGUUAAUCAUGGCACUAAGAAAUGGCUGGUAUCGACGACCUACCAGACGAGAUGCUGCUCUCCAUCUUCUCCUUCCUGCCGGCUUCGGAUUUGGUCCAGUGCGCUGCAGUGUCCGAGCACUUCCUCAGAAUCGUGUCUGGGUACACCCACCUGUGGAAAGGGAAGACCUACAUCACCCUCACGAGUCCGGUGGACCUCCACAGGGAGCACGUAGCCCUGCGCGCUCUGCCACUGCUGCGGGAAGUCUCCGUCGAAGUGGAGAACCGAUUUGCGGUGUGCGUCGUGUACCCGCGCCUGGUUCUGUCAAUAGCAGACCUAGGAGCCCUGGAGCGCUGUCCCAGACUGAGGUGCGUGAGUCUGUCGACCAGACUCAGCAUCGCGGAGCACAUCAUGUCGUCCAGAUCGACUAUCGACUUCGCGCUGCUCGAGAAGCUGGAGAUCGUCAAGACGCGGCCUCUCGACUGCCGGGGUCCGGACUUCGCUGACGCAGACUUCUUGGUCAGCUCCGCCCUCGAGCUGUGCCCCAACCUCACGCAGCUCUUCGUGUGCGCGGAGAUCCUGUCGGCGGGGCUCCUGGAGGAGUCGGCCGGGCUCGUGCGGCUGCGGGCGCUGGGGAUCGAGUGCCCCAGCCUGGAGAGGCUGUCGUUCCUGCGGCGCUGCUCGGACGCGCUGGAGGAGCUGCGACUGGAAGGCUGCGCCGCCCUGCCGCUGGGGGAGGUCGCAGAGCUGCGGCGCCUGCGGAGGCUGCGCCGGCUGCAGCUGCACGGCUGCCGGCUGGCACAGGCCGACCUGGAGCUGGUGGUGGCCGCGCUGGAGAGCCUCGAGUCGCUGCACGUCGACCGGUUCCCCCUCGUCCGCGACCUGACCUUCCUCCAGCGCUGCGGCCGGCUGCGGGAGGUCGGCGUCAGGUUCCCGCCGCUGGAGCUGCCCGCCGGCGCCAACGCCAGAGUGCUCCGCGCCCCUCUCUACCACAUCACGGACGAGCUGUCCAGCGCCCUGCUGCGGCUCGAGGGCCUGGGCUACGACAGCCGCUGCCUGGACUACCUGCGCCCCCUGCUCCGGUGCCUCCAGCUGCGCCGCGUCUGCAUCUGCUUCCAGUGGAGGUCCAGUCGCGUGGCGGUGUCUAGCCAGUUGGUCAAAAUAAACUUGAGACGUCCCAAAUAAAGACGACGGGGAAGUAGAUACUAAAAAUCCGGCGCUUCCUGUUUCCGAGAAAUGGUGACAAGGCAGAUUGGAGGAACCUAAGUCAACAAUAUGUCUAAAUUCUUUGUACAAGACGUCAUGAGUGCUUGCAACACAACACGAUGGCACGGAAUGAAAAGAACUCUGCUCUGGGAAACAUCGGCAACAAAUGACAUGAACUUACAACUUACACCUUACUUGGGUGGCUAACGAAUUUGUUAUGAAAAAAUUACAUAGUGACUUGCUUUUGAGAAAUAAUCUAGUGGAGUUUAGAAAAUUAAACCAGCUUUCUAAAAAUUAUAAUAUGUAAGUCGAUUUGCGCAUUCACUAGCUUCCUGGAGCCAGAAAACUUUCCCAAUGCAAAUUAGGCAUAGUAUUAAAAUAAUUAUGGUCAUGUACAAAAACCAUAUUCAGGAAGUUAAAUAUAUAAUCGCACUUCCCAGUACUCUUUUAGAAACAACCUAAACAAUAUAUACUUCAAACAAAUGUGCAUGCAAAACAGGAACCAACGGAUCACUCGUCUGAUGAAUUGUGAAUCAAUCGCAAAUAACGGUAGAUAAUAAACACUGACAAACUGUUAAGCUCUCUGUUAAGGAAAAAUGUGAAGGAUAUGGUUACGCAAUUCAUACCUGUUGAAGAAUUUGAAGGCAAAAUUUCAGUAACAUUGCCUAAGUAGCAAAGUGAAAAUGAGUUUUACAUUUCAUGAAUGUGAGGUGCUUAGAGGCACUGUACAAAUGUUAUAUAACAAAAGCAUGAUGAUAAUAUUUUAGAAAUGUCGAAGUUUCCCAUUUUUUUCUUCCCUUCCUUUAGUAUCUAUGCCGUUACUUUCCCUGUUAACUGCUUUGUUUGCAGUUUACUAUUGUGUUGAAGGUAAAGUCACUCUUUCAAUACUGUACUAAGGUUUCACGCAUUAUACGUCUUGUUAUACAUCUAAUUUCGGAAGAAAGUAUACCUAAGAAACCGUGAAAAUAAUGCCGUGCUCAAUAUUUUAUCAGUUACACUUGUUACUUGUAGUGUAUUUUAGACAUUUUAAUUGUAUUGUUCAUUUGUACUCCACAACCUGUACUGAUCAAUAAUGAAUUAAAAUUUACUAAGUUAAAAUAUCAAUAAAAUUUCUUAGGUUUCC